ACCCCCUGUAAACAACCCAAGUGAAGUGCAGUGUUGACGUGUGUGGCUCGAUUACGGAUAUACCACGACAACCGCUUGCGAGCACGCUAAAAUGCAUUAGAUUCAGCCUAAUUGCAAAUCAUUAUAUUAUUAUAAGUUAUACAUGCUGUGCAAGCGUGGGAUGGUUGGUCUGAAAAUAGCAUAACAUUAGCAAAUAACGCGUAACACAAGUCAAUGUUACGUCACGUGGUGUGAGUAGGGCGGCCAUCUUUCUCUGAAAACACAAACAACAAGAGUAAGGAGCAGACUUCUCGACUGGACAUCAACACGCAGCGACCGUAGGAGAGGGGGUAAACAAAUCAAACAUUGAAUACGACUUCAUGAGAGUAUCAGUACCAUUCUGUUGGAGGACGAUGUUUACAGAAAGAGAAAGGAAACCAAUGCAUAUGAAUUAAAACCGAAGAUUGUACACAACAAAACGUAUUUAAAAAUAAAUAAACGACAUUAAUUCAAAGCAGUUUGAAAGGAGGUGGACAGGAAUCAAAGGUGUCGUCACCUAGAGGGUCAGUCAAGCCACGUUUCAGUCGGAGAGGAAACGACAGGAGAGAAAAGCAGGAGAGGGAGAGUCGCGUCUGCUCCUGGCAGCUGUUCCAGCAGCCUGUUCUGUUUUCCCCUGCGUUUUGAUUUAAAUCGCGAUUAAUCUUUUUUUUUUUUUUUUUUUGUCAAAUGUGAUAUUACUGCUGUUGUCGUAAUCAUUAUUGUUACUAUCGAGUAUUUUAUUUUGUUUGUUUCGUCAACUCGUUUUCGGGUUAUUCCAGUUUCUUGUUUUUACGACUUUUUUUUCCAGUUGUGAGCAGAGGCUUCUUCCAAACUGUCCUCAUAUCCAUACCAGUACUCUAUCCCCUAUACACACCUGAAACAGGCAGCUAUUCUCUAUCUCUGUGUGUGUUGGGGAGCUCUGUUACCACAGCUGUGUAAGCACCACUCAGCCUUCUCACUCAGCCUUCUAAGCCAGUCCAAGCCUGGUCCAGCGACGUCCAGCCUGGUCCACUCUUCUGGACAGGAUACUCAGCUCUGUAAAGACGCGAGGAAUAUGACUGCUGAGACACUUAACUUCGGCCCAGAAUGGCUCCGUGCACUAUCCAGUGGGGGGAGUGUGACGUCCCCCCCUCCUUCCCCCGCCAUGCCAAAGUACAAGCUGGCCGAGUAUCGCUACGGCCGAGAGGAGAUGUUAGCACUUUAUAUCAAAGAGAACAAGGCCCCAGAGGACAUGCAGGAUAAGGAGUUUGCUGCUAUUCUGCAAGAUGAGCCCAUGCAGCCGCUGGCACUGGAGCCUCUCACUGAGGAGGAGCAGAGGAACUUCUCCAUGUCUGUGAACAGCGUGGCUGUGAUGAGGCUCAUGGGUAAAGGAGGUGGAGUCGCCCCUGCGGGCAUGGCCCGAGGCAGAGGCACCACACGUGGAGGAGGCCGAGGGCGAGGCCGAGGAGAGAGUGGAGGAUUCUACCAAAGAAGUAUUGAGGAGGGAGAGGUGGGCUUCGGCCGCGGAGCCAGAGAGAUCUAUCGCAGCCAGAGCUGGGAUGACCGGGGCGAGAGGCGUUUUGAGAAGCCUGCGCGUGCCAGGGAGGGGGUACGUGUUGGAUUAGAGGAGGUGACGGGUGUACCUGUGCCGGGGGUGCCGAGGAAGGACUACACACGGUCUGACAGUGAGAACUGGCGUACCCUCAGAGAGGAGCAGGAGGAAGAGGAAAGGGCCGACCCAGGAGGCAGCUGGAGACUGGCCGCCGCACGUAGAUUAGAUGACGGAGGCCCAAGGUCUGCAGGCUGGCGGGAGCACGACGGUCCAGUUGAGGGGCGUCGCAGGAAGUUUGAGUUUGACUUCGGCGGAGGUCGCAGGCGGGCCGGGAGCGAAGGGUUAGAUGACGACAGAGACGGACUGCCUGAGUGGUGCACUGAUGAAGAGGACGGAGAAAUGGGCACCUUCGACGCAUCCGGCGCUUUCCUUCCCCUAUCCAAGGAUGAGGAGUUUGACUUCCAGGGGAUAGAGGAGGAGGAAGAGAGCCUGUCUGGCAUGGAGAGGAUCAUGAAUGGAGGACAGAGAGUUGACGUCAAGGAAUCUGCCAGUGACGGGGAGGUGAAGAACAGAACCAGUCCCCCCUUCUCCUCUGCCCCUCCAGCCCUGGGCCUCAACCCCCCCAUGCCCCAGCUCUCCCUCACAGUGGCUGAGCUGGAGGCCUCUCAGAUGGCCAACAGCCACCCUCUUCCUGCUCCCCUCCCUGCUCCUGCUCCUCUCGCUGUUCCUGUCCCUGCCAAGGCCAGCAAGAUGCCAAGUGAAGUAGUUCCUGAAGGAUCACCAGUAGAGGACUCCACCACCCAGCAGAGCCCCAGCACCUCCUCCAGUCUGCCUUCCCCCCCUCCCUCCGCCUCCUCCUCCUCCUCUGCUGCUACCCACCUCCCCCUGCCACCAGGGGGUGACACCGAGGAUGACGAGGGCAUGAAGCACCUGCAACAGGAGGCAGAGAAGAUGGUGGCGUCCCUGCAGGACACAUCUCUAGAGGAGGAGUGUUUUACCCAGACGCUGCAGGAGAGCAGAAACACAGCCUCUGCACUGCCCCUCUCCCACGACGCUGCCAUGAAGUGGUUCUACAAGGACCCCCAGGCAGAGAUCCAGGGUCCGUUCACCACCCUGGAGAUGUACGAGUGGUUCCAGGCGGGCUACUUCUCCAUGUCUCUGCUGGUGAAGAGGGGCUGCGACGAGGGCUUCCAGCCGCUGGGCGACGUCAUCAAGAUGUGGGGGCGUGUGCCUUUCGCCCCCGGGCCCUCCCCACCGCCCCUGCUGGUGAGACCUCCACCACCGCGCCCGCAGCCGCUGCCACCCCGGGGUCCUGCUGGUAACAUGGAUCAGGACCGUCUGAAGAAGCAGCAGCAACAGGACUUGGCAGCAGCUGCUCUCUAUCAGCAGCUCCAGCAGCAGCAGCAGCUAUUCCAGCUCAUCAACAGGUGUGGAGAACAGGGUAUGAUGCCUUCAGUGAACAGGUCGAUGUCAGUGCCAGAUACAGGGUCCAUGUGGGACAUGCAUACCUCAGCUUCACAGCAAUCAGGCGGUGAAGCCAGUUUAUGGGACUUAACAAUGAAUUCUUCAACUCAGGGUCCAACACUCGAACAGCUUCAGAAGCUCCAGCAGGAGAGGAGGGAGGCUGAACUCAGGACGAAGCGCGAAGAGGAGGAGCAGCGCAAGAGGAGAGAGGAGAAAAGGAGGCAGCAGGAGGAGCAGAAGAGGAGGGAGGAGGAGGAGAUUUUCAGACGCAAACAGUGUCGCCAGCAGCAGGAGCUGAUCAUGAAGCUGCUCCAGCAGGCCCCUCAGCAGGGCUCAGGCUCCGGGGUGGGGUCUGGCUGGGGCACUGGGGGCCUCAACAAGCCAGGGGCCAAGGGCCUCAGUCUGCUGGACAUGCAGGAAGCCGAGAGGCUUCUCAAACAGCAGCAGAGAGCCCAGCAGCAACAGAGGGAACGCCAUCAAGGCAUGUCCAUGGGUCAGUGGGGGGACGGAGGUGCUGUCCCAGGGGGCCUGUGGGGAGGCGGAGGGGGGAUGGAGGGUAAGGCUGGAGGCGGAGGGGCCAUGGGUCUGUGGGAGGAGGCGGUGAAGAACCAGUCCAGAGGUGGCAGCAUGCAGGGUCUGAAGAACAGCCGCAGCAGCCCCUCACUCAGUGAGCAGUAUAUGUUAAGUCGUAGGAAGCAGCGUACGGAUGAGGAGGACAAGCUGCUGAAGCUGCUGCAGGGCAUCAAGACGCCUCAGGACGGGUUCACCACCUGGUGUGAACAGAUGCUGCAUGCCCUCAACACCCAAGCCAACAACACCUCCUCCCCACUGGAUGUGUCCACCAUCGUGGCAUACCUGAAGGAGGUAGAAUCUCCCUACGAGGUGUUAGACUUUAUCUGCUCCUACCUGGGAGACACCAUGGAAGCCAAAGAGUUCGCCAAGCAGUUCCUGGAGCGCCGUGCCAAACAGAAACAGAACCAGAAGAGGCAGCAGGAGCAGCUAUCAAAGGAAGUAGCAGGGCUGACCAUGAACAACUUCCCUCUGCAGGACUCCAUGCGGGGCGUGAACCCCAGCGCACUGCAGUCUAUGUUCCAGGCGGCCCACAUGGCUAAGGGAGGGAUGUACGAUGCCCAGGGGGGCAUGAAGAAGAAGAAACAGCCCGUGAUGCUGCAGUCUGACCCCAGCAUCCUAGGCUAUUCGUUCCACAACGCGGGUGAGCGUCUGAGCCUAAAUGAGAUGGAGAUGGUGGAGGAUUACUGAUCCAGAUCUGAUCAGCAGCGGCAAUAGCUACUACCUGAGGCCUUCUGUCUACUAAUCAGACAAACCUGAUGACGAAUGUGCACUGCUAGGGGAUUGGGGGCUCAUAUGGGGACAGGAA